GGAUAGAGAAAAGAACCGAGAUCCGAAUGCAGGAGGUGUGGACGGAGGACUUGACUUUCUUGACCCUCGCUUUCCCAAAGUUUUAAUCCUACUUUAAGCUUCCUAUCCUUUUUCUUGCCUCUGCCAUGCUCUUACGUUUCCACCUCACUCUCCCUCUCCCUCUCUCUAUCUGGCUUCAGUGCUUCUUCCUAGGGUUUUUCCCACUCUUUGAUUGCUCUGCGGAUCUCAUCAAUCGCACCUCGACGCCCGUUACUCGUCUCUCGCACCAUUUCCGGUGGCCGUGCUUCUCGGUUGCUGUGGAAUCCGAAAUCAGGAGCUUCGCUGAUGAAAAUUAGGGUUCCGGCUGGAGUGUUUGCUUGCUGUUGCUGAUUGAUGGCCGAGACCAGGCGUUAUCUCCCCAUUCAACCAUUGAGCCUUCAGCAGAUAUUGAAAGAAGCGCAACACCGCUGGCUCCGUCCCGCCGAAAUUUGUGAAAUUCUUCGCAACCACCAAAAGUUUAAGUUAACUGCAGAACCACCUGUCAAACCACCAGCUGGUUCUUUGUUUCUGUUUGAUCGAAAAGUACUUCGAUAUUUUCGUAGAGAUGGUCAUCGCUGGAGGAAAAAGAAAGAUGGGAAAACAGUGAAAGAGGCUCAUGAAAAGUUGAAGGCUGGCAGUGUUGAUGUUCUCCACUGCUAUUAUGCUCAUGGAGAGGAUAAUGAGAAUUUUCAACGUAGAAGUUAUUGGAUGCUUGAUGAGGAUUUGGAGAACAUUGUUCUUGUGCACUACAGAGAAGUGAAAGAGGGUGGAAAAUUAGGUAGCUCACGCUUUCUAACUACAGAUCCGGGGUCAUUGCUUGGUAGUCCUCAGAUUAGCUCAUCAUCUUGCUUAGAACAGGCAAACUCCCCUGUUCCAUCAGUUCAUGCAUCAACUCCAAAUGCCAUUGAUUGGAAUGGGCAAGUGGUCUCUUCUGAAUUUGAGGAAGGGGAUUCUGGAGAAGAUCCAGGGACAUCACCUGUUGCUCAACCAGUUUAUCCUGUAUCUGAUAAUACUUCUAUACUUGCCAAUGAAGCUGCAGGAUUUUUGGGGUUAUCAAGGGGUUAUCUUGAUUCAGGGCUCCUUGGAGCUGGUUUUAGUCAUAGCACCAGCUCAUCUACUUGGGCUGAUAAAUGUGGCCCUAGUGGGAACUUAAGUAUUGGCAAAGAGAAAUUCUACUUUGAACAACCGAAUGCAGUUGAUUCCUUGGCUCAUAAGAUAACAGAUGCUGUAAGCUGUGGGGAUAGGUUGAUUCCUGAUGAUCAGAGAACAGCCCAGGAGGAAGACUUCCAUCUAGUUCAGCUAGAGUCUGUAAACAACUCUGGUUCUCAAUCUAUAGACACAUCUCCUGCAAAAAUAGACAGUCAUAUUGGUGGAGCAAAUAAUGAGGGAGCUGGGGAGCUGAAAAAACUUGACAGCUUUGGUAGAUGGAUGGAUAAAGAAAUAGGUGGAGAUUGUGACGAUUCUUUGAUGGCUUCUGACUCGGGUAAUUAUUGGAAUACACUUGACACAGAAAAUGAAGACAAGGAAGUAUCUAGUCUGUCACAUCAUAUGCAGUUGGAUGUUGAUUCGCUGGGCCCUUCUCUUUCUCAAGAGCAGCUAUUCAGCAUUUUUGAUUUUGCACCAGAUUGGGCCUAUUCAGGAAUUGAAACAAAGGUUUUAAUCACUGGUUCAUUUCUGGGAGACAAGAAACAUGCUGCUAAUUCUAAGUGGUGUUGUAUGUUUGGUGAAAUUGAGGUUUCUGCUGAAGUUCUCACUGAUAAUGUCAUCCGAUGUCAAGUUCCUUUUCAUGCGCCUGGUCGUGUUCCUUUCUAUAUAACAUGCAGUAAUAGGUUGGCAAGCAGUGAGGUGCGGGAGUUUGAGUAUCGCGAAAAACCACCAGAAGCUUCAUCUUCUAUAAAUGUUAACUGUGCACCAGAAGAUGAGGUGCGUUUACAAAUACGACUUGCAAAAAUGCUUCUUGGUUCGGAUAGGAAGUGGUUGGAUGGGUCCUUGAGCGAAUGUGAUAAAUGUAAUCUGAACAAGGAUAUGAUUUCAUUGAUGGUAGAAGGUAGAAAGGCUUGGGACGAGAUUAAACAUGCCAUUAUGAUCACAAAAGGAUAUAACCCAAGCCUUAAGGAGGCACUGAUUCAGAAUUUGUUGAGGGACAAACUCUAUGAAUGGCUAGUCUGUAAAUUACAUGGGGAUAAUGGACUUCAUACUUUGGACAAUGAAGGCCAAGGGGUUAUUCACUUGGCGGCUGCUCUUGGUUAUGAGUGGGCCAUGGGGCCCAUAGUAGCCGCUGGUGUCAGUCCAAAUUUUAGAGAUGCACGAGGAAGGACUGCACUUCACUGGGCAUCAUACUAUGGGAGAGAGGGAACAAUUGUUGCCCUCAUAAGAUUGCGUGUAGCAGCCGGUGCUGUAGAUGACCCAACACCAGCAUUUCCUGGAGGACAAACUGCUGCCGAUUUGGCUUCAAGUAGAGGUCACAAAGGGAUUGCUGGAUAUUUGGCAGAAGCAGAUUUGACUAGUUGUCUCAUUUCACUAUCUCUUGAAGAAGAUCCUAUCAACAAUGCUGUUGCUGGUAUUGCAGCUGAGAAGGCAAUGGAGACUGCAGCCCAAAAUGUUUCUUCACCAGCUGGAGCAAUUGACAAUGAACAUUCUUUGAGAGGUUCUCUUGCUGCUGUUCGAAAAUCUGCUCAUGCAGCUGCUCUAAUUCAAGCAACUUUUAGAGUUCAUUCAUUCCGUCAAAGGCAAUUAACCAUGAACAGUGGCGAUAUAUCUGAAACUUCAUUUGACCUUGUUGCACUCGGUUCCUUGAACAAGGUCCAGAAGGUGAGUCAUUUUGAGGAUUAUUUGCACGUUGCAGCUAUAAAAAUUCAGCAGAAGUACCGAGGCUGGAAGGGGAGGAGAGAAUUCUUGAAGAUUCGCAACCGUAUUGUGAGAAUACAGGCUCACGUAAGAGGGCAUCAAGUUCGCAAGCAAUAUAAAAAGGUUGUUUGGUCUGUUGGCAUAGUUGAAAAGGCAAUACUGAGGUGGAGGCGCAAAGGACAGGGCUUGCGUGGAUUUCGGAGGGGAAAAACUACUGAAAAUCUACCAUCUGAAACUGAGACGAAUGAUGAAUAUGAAUUUUUACGAAUUGGUCGAAAACAAAAAGUCCAGGGAGUUGAGAAAGCCCUAGGAAGGGUCCAAUCCAUGGUUCGCCACCCAGAGGCACGUGAUCAGUAUAUGAGGCUGGUUAGAGAAUUUGAGAAUUCUAAGCUGAGCAAUGAAGCAGCCGAUGCAGCAUACCAAGUUGGAGAUACAGACAAGAAAUGAGAGCAAUGACCUGUCUACUAAAUUAAGGUUGUGGUAGAGAAUGACAAAGUUAAUGUGUUAGUCGUCUUGAUUUGAAUUGACUUUGUAAGUAUUGUCUGGCUAACAUGUCUGGCUUCCAAGGUUUUGUCAUCUGUAAAGGAGGAGGUGGGGGGAUGUACAUGGAAGCUUUGGGAAAUUGGGAGCUUUUAAUUAAUUUUAUAUUCUUAGGAUGUUAAAUAUAAUUUUGGUGGCAACAAAUUCUUAUAUUUUAUGGCAAUUUGAUAAGUUUCAAAUA